AUGAAGGUGCUGUCCCGUGACUGUGCAGGCAUCUUCGGGGCGAUGAACUCGGGCAAGUCGACGCUGAUGAACCUGAUCUCGCAGCAGGAGACUUCCAUCGUUGACAGCAAGCCAGGCACCACGGCCGACACGAAGGUUGCGCUGAUGGAAAUGCAUGACCUGGGCCCGGUGAAGCUGUUCGACACGCCCGGCAUCGACGAAGAGGGGCUGCUAGGCGAAAAGAAGAGGCGCAAGGCCUUCGACGUACUCAAGGAGUGCAACGCAGCGGUGGUCGUUGUCAAUCCCUUCAACCCGGCUUCGCUCGAGGCCGCCAGGGAUGUGAUCCAAGAGGCGUCGGCCAAGCAAAAGAAGGGAGACGACUCUGCGCAGAUGAGGGUCAUGGUGGUGUUCAAUGUGUUCGGGCAGCAGAUGGCCGAGAUAAGGAAGGCCACCAAUACCAUAUUGGACGCUGCCGAAAAGAGCCUCACACCCGACCGAACGAGCCUUCAGAUCACGAGCAUUGCCCUGGACUUGAACUCGCCCGAGGCCAUGGGCAGGGUGGUCAAGUUCGUCACAACGAACACGAAGCCACAUUCGAGCAACGUGAGCUUGCUCCCUUCGGCGCUACAGCUGGGUCCAGACUCGGUCGUGUUCCUCAACAUUCCGAUGGACGCCGAGACUCCCAGCGGCCGGCUCCUCCGACCACAGGCCCUGGUGCAGGAAGAGCUCCUGCGCCAGUAUGCCAGCACCUUCUGUUACCGAAUGGACCUCAAGAAGGCCCGAUCGCCCAUUGAGGAGGAGAGAAGGGAGGAGGAGCAGCGAUUCAGGUCCAGUGUCGACGCGCUAAAGAGUCAGAACAAGCUGAAGCUCCUUAUCACCGACUCCCAGGCUACGGACGUGGUACACAAGUGGACGAUGGAGCCCGGCACAGCAGCGCCCAGCGACCAGGGCGGCCAGAGUAGCCAGGAGACCGUCCCGCUCACCACCUUCUCCGUGAUGAUGAUCAACUACAUGAGCGGCGGACGUCUCUCAGCCUUUGUCGAGGGCAUCAAGCGGUUCGAGACCCUCAAACACGGCGACAAGGUUCUAAUCUGUGAGGCCUGCAACCACGACAGAAUCCAAGACGAUAUCGGCACGGUGCAGAUACCGGCCAAGUUGAGGCAACGCUUCGGGGAGGGCACAAUCGGGGUCGACCACGCGUUCGGCCGCGAGUAUCAGACCAAGAUCCUCAACGACUACCAGCUGGUGAUCCACUGCGGUGGGUGCAUGCUCGACCAACAGAAGAUGGCCGCGCGGCUGAGUGACAUCGAGGGCUCGGGCGUACCCAUCACCAACUAUGGCCUGCUCCUCUCCUACCUCGCCGCCAAACAAGGCCUCUCCCGAGUCCUACGCCCUUGGGGCUUGUGA